AUGGAGGAUGGAUCCAAAAAUGUAAAUACAGAGAACGCCCUCGAGAUAGUGUACAAGCUGAGAACAGGCAAAAUUUCCAAGGAGCAGUUCAAGUCACUCUUCACCACCGUUGGGUCAAGACUGUCCACUGCGGAAAUGGAUGCAAUUAUCAGCAAGCUGUGCAGCGAGGCGGACCAAAUAGAUUACAAGGAGUUCCUGAGCAAGUAA